AUGUCAGACGCUAGGCUGAGGCGAGUCCAGAAGGAGAUCAAGGCGUGUCGCGAUGACAAGACGUCGCAGAUCUCCAUUGAGCUCGUCGACGAGAACCCGUUCCACCUCAUCGGUGCCUUCCCCGGACCGUCCGACACGCCAUACGAGGGAGGAUACUACGAGGUUGACAUUGUCAUUCCAGAUGCCUACCCGUUUGAGCCGGUCAAGAUGAAGUUCAUUACGAAGGUGUACCACCCGAACAUUUCCUCUGCGAGCGGUGCCAUCUGUCUCGACAUCCUGAAGGACAAGUGGUCACCAGUGUUGACGCUCAAGUCGACACUCAUCUCGCUGCAAUCGCUCCUGUGCUCUCCUGAGCCUAACGACCCUCAGGACGCCGAGGUCGCCAAGCACUUCCUGGCCUCCCGCGACAGCUUCAAUGCGACGGCACGACACUGGGCGCAGGCGUACGCGCAGGCCCCGGGGAAGAAGUCGGGCAAGGAUGGAGCUGCCAGCGACGCCGAGCUCGCGGGUCUCAGCGAGGAGAGCGUGUCCAAAUUCGCCGACAUGGGUUUCGAGCGUCCCAAGGUGAUCGCGACGCUGAAGCGUCUCAAUUACCGGGGUAACAACGUCUCGAACAUUAACGAGAACACUGUCAUCGAGGAGCUGCUCAAGUAG